CUGGCACGCUGAGUCAGCGACGCUCUGCUUCCAGGCGUUCAGGUGAACCUCAGGCCUGAAGUGAACGAGCAUCAUCCAAACAACUCUUUCUUGACUCCUUCCUUUGCCACAUAUUCCUGCAUCACCACAAUGCCUCCCAAGGCAGACAUCAACAAGGCUGGCUGGGAACAGAGUGAUUUCCCCAUCCUCUGCGAGACAUGUCUAGGAGACAACCCUUUCGUCCGAAUGUCAAAACAAGAAUACGGCCGCUCUUGUGGCACCUGCGCUCGUCCCUUCACCGUCUUCCGCUGGAACCCUGGCACAGGCAUGCGUUACAAGACUACCGUCGUCUGCCAGACCUGCGCAAAGAUUAAGAAUGUCUGCCAGACGUGUCUCCUAGAUCUGGAGUAUGGGUUGCCCACGCAGGUUAGGGAUACGGCACUGCAGUUGCAGAAUGAGGCGCCGACGAGCGAGAUUAAUAGGGAGUAUUAUGCGCAGAAUAUGGAGGGGAAGUUGGAAGGCAACAAGAGUUUGUUGGACUCGGGAAAGGCGUCGACUGCCGGAAAGGAGAUGUUGAAGCAGCUCGCACGGACGGAUCCCUACUACAAACGCAACAGGCCACACGUCUGCUCGUUCUUCAUCAAAGGGGAUUGUAAGCGAGGUAGUGAAUGUCCUUACAGGCAUGAAAAGCCAAUCGAGAACGAGCUCUCAAAACAAAAUAUUCAGGACCGGUAUCACGGUCGUAACGACCCCGUCGCUCGCAAGAUCCUACGAACACAUGCCACGAACCAAGGUCUCCCGCCUCCUGAGGACCCAUCAGUCGUCUCCCUCUUCCUCUCCUCCCUCCCACCCGCCGCGACCGAAACGACCGUGCGCACUCGCGUCCUACAAUCCCUCCCCAUGAUCCAACCCUCCCAAGUCCGAUCCAUCGUCCACGUCGCAAAAUCACGGUGUGCAUUCGUGAACUUCAAAGACCGCGCGACGGCCGAGACGGCGGCACAAGCGUGGGCUAAUGGACUUGAUAUGGACGGCGAACGACUGGCUGUGCGAUGGGGAAGGAGUAAGACCUCCAACUCCAACACCAACUCGAACUCGAACGCCAGUGGCAGUGUUAGUGCAGUUUCGAGCGUUGCAGGACCGUCGGGGGCUGCUGAGCCUAUGAAGUCGGACUCGUAGGGCUUCUGGCAAAUGUUCGUCUUCGAAGGGGAGGUUCGUUUGGGGCCCUUUUUCGGCUGCGUUGGCGUUGGUGAUGGUGGUGUGUUUGUAUUUCUAGGCCGUAUAUUUAUUUAUUCUUUGGCUGCC